AUGAAUAAUCGUAAAGCCUUAAAGAGGGUAAGGCCAGAUCGUGCGUAAAACUAAUUUUGAAAAAAUAUUAUCUAUAUUUAUUUUGGAUUUGGUUUUGAUUUUAUUGCAAUAACUGAUGAUGAUGAUUAUUUUCUAGGUUCUUAAACCGGUAAUUGAAAAGAAGAGGCGUGAUAGGAUUAACCAACGGUUGGAUGAGCUAAGGACUAUCCUGCUAAACAACACUUCUGACAUGGUGAGUUGAGUUGACCACAGCUUUUCUAAUUGCUGUCUGAAAUCAGUUAAUUGUGUGUCAUUGUAUUAUCGAAAAUAUAGAUCAGUUUUAUUUCAAUAAUAUACACUGUCAAGUUAUUAAUUACAUUUCAAACAGCCCAUACAACCACACGCAAACCAGACCCAUGUGAAUACUAUGAAGAAAUGCUGUUGCGCAAAACUUCGAGUUUUUACGCACGUAUCCAUCCAUGACCUUAAUUUAAUGGAAUUGAAAACGGAACUUGGUGUCUGUUAGGAACUUGAUCUACACGUCAAAAAUUGAAUUUUUGCAAUUCAUAUUUGUAUUAAAAGUAUUGGGUUUAACCAUAAAAUCAUCACUUCCAUACCAAAAAAUCCUUCAAAAAUAAAAUUCGAAAUAUUGUGCUUAAUGGUUGUUCGUAAUGCAAAAUAUUCAGUAGGAUUAUUCUUCUCUCUCACAGCGGCUGAAAAAUCCUAAAUUGGAAAAAGCGGACAUUUUAGAGUUGACUGUCGAUUAUAUACAAAGAAAAGCAAAUGGGAACAAUAGCAAAGGUAUCUAUCAAUCCUAAAUGUUUAUAGUUUGCCCGUGUGUGUGUUUCAUUUAAUCUAUUUCAGAAAUAGAAAGUGAAAUAUGCCCCAAACUGCUGAUAUAGAACAUGUAAUAUUACUGUGAGUGCUAAUAAUUCUUUAUUUGUCUCUCCCCAAAACCUCCUGAUCUUCCCUUCCUAUAACUUAUCUACAAACACCUACACACCAUUGGCUCUUGCUAAUUGUUUUGGCUAUUCUCCCACACAUGUACAUCCUGCUUCUUCAUACUGUCCUCGCUCCAUAUUCAUCUAUCAUGAUCUUUUCUCAUACUCUCAUCUUCACAUCACAUGGAUUCAUCUCUUUCUGUCCUCUCUUCUCUUCCUAAUGUUCUCCCUAUACUGUCGGAAUCACUAUUGACCAACACUAGCCCUCACAGAAAAUCAUGUGAAAGAGUCCUCUACUCCAGUGACUAGUGCUGUGAGUUCCAAAAGGACAGGCCCCAUACAUGAGCACACACAGCCCCCACCCAACCCCAUCUACAGUGCAGGUUUCAGAGAGUGCAUCUCCCGCCUGGGCAACGACAUUGACAGCGUGGAUCCCUCCCAGAGAGAGAGCUUUGUCCAGGAACUGAGGGACCACCUGGAUGCCCACAGCGCCUGCCCUCUGGGGAGGGUGCAGAGCCAGACCUUUCCCCUGAACCUCCAGUCCUGGGGCCCUGGAGCAGAAGGAGCAUGCUUCCAGGGCAGAGUUCAGAACAGGAAGGACAGCACAGUGAUGGGUCAUCAACAAGCAGGCAGGGAGGCCACCUUCCCUAACAUCAACACCUCUCUUUCCAUCUAUCCCAGCACCUUUGUACUCCACCAACCCUACCCUACCCAACACCUCUCGCACCCAUACCCGUCUCCUCCUUACUCCCUCUCACCCCCACCCUCCCCCUGUUACUCAAACUCCUCGCCACCUUUCACCACUACCUCUCCAUACCUCUCCAUGCCCUGCCACUUCCCCUUCCCUCCUUCUCCCUCUGAACAUCCAUCAGAUUCCUUGUCAUCCUUGUCUUCUCACUCUACAUCUCUGCUUGUGGUGCCUCUGGUACCAGCCCAUCCUCCCCUGGUGUCCAGUCCCCCCACCCCUCUACGUCCCUCUGGCCCUGUGCCCGACGUCCCAACAAGGACUCUGAGGCGGUCACUGUUUCAGAUCCAGCCCCAGGCAAUAUGGAGGCCCUGGCCCUGA